CGGCUUUAUAGUGUCGGAUUUAACCGCACCCAGUCAAACAAACGAGGAUUGGAGAUGUUUCACGCGCAUCAGCGUGUUCCGACGGAUCCCUGUGGGCAAACAGUGACGUCAAAACCCUCCUCACUCCGCUCAAAAAUGUAUUUUUCCUACUCAGUCAUUAAAAUGUCGUCCUUGCAGCAACAGUUGCAGCUUGCAAUAAAAUUAUAUUUAUUUUAUAAAACCCUUCUGUGUGGCGUUCCCCGCCAAAAACUACAUUUCCCACAAGUCUACGCACCGGAAGUGUGAACACAAACCGGGAAAUGCGAAGGGUGAGCCGGCUGUCCUGCGACGAUGGUCCGCUUCUGGAGGAGCAGGAGACAGAGGGUCAGCGACAGCUGCACAACCUCCUGGUGCAGCAGCUCCACACUGGCGUGGACAUUGACCGAUGUGUGGCUAAGAGGCAGUGCUUCGCACCGGCUGCUCUUUAUCGGCCCUUUGGGGAGCAGGCAGCAGGCGUGAGGAGUCUCUCCCAGUUCCAGGCUUUACAGGACGGAGAGCAGGAGCUGGCCAGCCUGCGGGAACUCGGACUCACCGAUUCUGAGAUCCAGCUGUGGCAGAGCAGGAACGCCGCCGAGCCUUCUGAGCAGGGCCACGGUGUGUGCGCAGCUCCGGGGGCGAAACAGCAGCGCCUGCAGGUGAUACGGGAUAAGAUCGAUGCCAGGGCGGAGCUUCUGUCGCGGCCGCAACGCUUCGCCGCCAGCAGGCCGCUGUCUCGGCGGGAGAUGGAGAUUGAGCGAGCGCUUUUCCAGGGAAGCGAUCGACAGGGAUUCCUCAGUGCACUCUAUCACAGAGAUGAAGAUGCAGAUGGCCAGCAGGGGGCGCCGUCUUCAGACCCGAUGGAUUCUCUCUACAGAGAAGUUCUCGGAGAGGAGAAGCACAGAAGAGCGCUUGAAGACGUCCGGGAUGAAAACACUGCAGUGUCAUAUCAGUCUGAACAACCACAAAGCUCCCUUGGAGAUGACAGCCAAUCACAGUGCUCACACGACGGUGACAGCAAAUCACAGAGCUCCCACAAAGACGAAGAUCCACUCCACAACUCUCACAGAGCGGACAACAUGGAUGUUUUGGGUCUAACCGGUGAAUCGAGUUCGGACCUCCAAACCCAGACACCAGUACAGAUCGAUAUCCUCCAGCCGAUCAGGACUCUGUGCGGGAUGGGUGCAGGGUCAGCAGGUCCGCUCACGGUCAGAGGUGACAUCCAGGCUUUGAGCGACGAAGAGAUCUUGGCCAACAGAGACUCUGACGAGGUGAUCCGGAGCAUCCCGCGUUUUAGGAACUACCAGCCAGGCAAACCGUCCAAGAUCUUGUGUGUGAAGAACCUGAGCGCACAGGCAUCAGCAGCCCAGCUGGUGGCGCUGUUUUCCAGGUUUGAGGAGCCCGCUGGCCCUCCGGUUGUCUACAGACUGCUGACCGGACGUCUGAAGGGACAGGCCUUCAUCACGCUGCAGGAUGCAGAAACAGCCGGCAGAGCUCUGCAGCUGCUGCAUGGUUACCGGUUGCUAGGGAAACCUCUGGUGCUGGAGUUCGGCCGCGAGCGGCGGGAAGAAGAUCAGCACAAGUGAUUACGAGCAACACCCGUUCUUGUUUCUUCCCCGACUGGACCUGGUGUGCGCUGAGCCCCGAGCCUUCACUGGUGCUGCGCAUCAUUGUCUGCCCCCUGCUGGCUGGGCCACCCGCCUGCAUGGUCGGGUUCCGGAACGUCUGCGUGGUGGUCCGAAUGCCAUGUCCCGGCAUGGACCCGCCCACCGGGUAGGGGUACCCCCCUCCUAGCCGUCGCCCUCGACUGGCCUCCUGGCCUUCACCGCAGGACAUGAGCAGCAGCCCGCCGCCCAGCAUGGAGAUGAGCGCCGACGCCAGCCCCACGUACAGACACUCGCCCAGCUCUGACUUCAUGCUGGUCGGAACAUUGGGCCUGUAGAAGUUCUGGACCACCUCGUGUGUGGUCCACGCCACCGGGAUGAGACCCAGGAAUCCAGCCACCAGGAAGAGACCCCCGCCAGCGCCGGCCAGCCGACUCUUGACCGCCCCCGAGCCGUCCAGGCAGAAGGUGCACUGCAUCCCCAGCACGGCCACGGCCAGGCCCAACACCGACAACACCAGCGAGAUCACCAUGAGCGCCCGCGACGCCUGCAGGUCAGCCGACAGCGCCAGCAUGGAGUUGUAGGUCUCGCACUGAAAGGCGCCCGUGCUCUGGUACACGCACUCCAUCCACAGGCCGCGCAUGUUGGCCACCGCCGUGAUGAUGUUGGAGCCGAUGUGGGCCGAGAUCUGCCAGUAGGGCAGCACUGUGGCCACCAGGGUCCCCAGCAGGCCCACCAGGCCCAGGAAGAAACCCAUCAGCUCCAGAGCCGCCGACGCCAUGGUAACAGUGCACGAGGACGAGGUGUUGAGGAGCAGUCUGUGAGUGAUACGCAAGAGUGAGGACCAGUCUGAGGAGAGAAGAGAGCAGUGAGUGACUCUAAAACUCAUGUUCAUGGAGACAACACUGUCGUGAUCCUGUGGCACUGCUUUAUCACUUGCAAUUGAUAAGAUGUUUACAAAUCAUGUUUUGGAGAAAAAUGUAUUUUACUUUUAUUUAUUUACUUUUAUUUUGUCUCUAAUUGUGUGAGAAUGAAAUGAACCAAAAAAGUUGGUUUUCGCAAAAUAAUGUUAGAGGAAUAAUUUUAUUUAUUUAUUUUUUUAUUAUGUGAAGUGCAACAAACAAAAAGCUUUUGUCCAGGAUAGAUAAAAUAAUAUAUUUUGAAUGGAAAAGUGAUGGAAAAUAUAGGUAAAAAUUUAGAAAGAAAUUACAUAAACUUAAUUCAUACAAAAUAUCAUUAAUUAAAAAUAAACAAAAUAUUCCUCCAAAAUUCAAUAGCACGAUUUUAAAUAUAUAUAAAAACAAUAAACAUUUAGAUGCAAAAACACCAUCCAUUUUAAAUAUGAAAAUUAAAGUAAAAAUUAGAAAUCUAUACAUGUCCAUUAAAUAUGUCCAUUUAAGUCUCUUAACUAUUGAACUAGUUUGGUCCAAAAGAAAAGACAAAUAACAAGGACUGAGUGAUGCAUGUGUUGGCUUUAGUAAAUCUAGUUAACUGUCACUUUUGUAAUACAUUUCUUAAGUAGUAAAAAGAUGUUAUAGACACCCUGCGUAUGUAGAAAUAUAAAAGUAAUAUUGACUUUCCAGGUUUCAGGGCCAUUCAGGUUUCCUCACCUGAGAGAGACGUGGCUGUCUGUCUGAGGGUGACCACCACCACGAUGAUGAUGAUGAAGAACGUUCACCGCUGGUUUCUCCUCUCAGACUGGCACUCGUUCCUCAGACGUCCACAUAGUCGCAGCCUUUCUGACGCUGAGGAGGUGAGAAAGGUGAAGUGCUGAUGAAGAAGGAACAGAUAACCAGUGCUGCUGACAGUGACUGCCGUGACACACGGUAGAGAACGUUCCCAAACACACUGUGACACACAAGCGGUCGCAGAUCAACACGCAGUCAAUGAUUCACUCUGUCUUCAGUGACUCCAAACAUCAACAAAGAUAAUGACACUGCAAGCGAUGGAUAUCAUUUAAAAGUUGUUUUUCAUAUUUAAAAAGUUAACUGCAGUAUGGUGCAUUAAAUAGUUUAUAAAGAUGUAAUAGUUCAUGUAUUACCAUUAAAUAAUGAAAAUAAAUUGCUUAACUUUGUUAUUAAUGUUUUUCAUACAGAUGAUAAAUAAAUAAAGUUUGUGAUGUCUAUGUAUUAAACAGACGUUUAUUCAUGUUUUUGAGGAAUAAAAUGUUUAGAAAUAUUAUUGAAAUAUAUCGAUUUCAUGUCGGGUAAAACCAAAUACUUUAAUUUAGUUAAAAAAGAAGAAGAAAAACUCAUGAGGGGAAAAACAUUUUCAAAUUCCCGAGGAAAAGGAAAAUAAAAAGUUGAAAAAUGCCAACAAAUGAAUGUGAAAAUAAACUAUAAUAUUCUGAAAACAUCCUGUUGAAUUAAUCAACAAAAACAAUGAGCAAGAACAUAAUAAUAAAAGAGGAAACUUCAAAUGGUUAAUUUAAAAAAGGAAAAAUAAUGCUCAUAUAAAUGCAAAUUGUAGGAAAAUAUUUUUGGGGUAUAUUCGUAAACAAUUUCGAAACUUACAUAUAUGAACAUUUAAAACAAAUUGCCGUUUGUUAUGGUUCAAUACUUGAUCAUAAUUACAUAUAUGUUUUCAUUUAUUCUGCUGUCAUGAUGAUGAUGAUGAUGCAGCAAAAUGAUUUUAUUCACAACAGCCAUUAAUCCAUCCUGGUAUUUCAUCCAAAGCUAAGAAACUGAAUAAAUCUGCCCUCUCCACUCGCACAACUCACUUCUCUGGUUAGUGAAAGUUUUUCCAGAUUAUAUCCACUGCCACCACACGUCCCUUUCUGCUGUGUCAGCAUCUUCCCGCCGGCAGACUGAAGUGAUAGAAACCUACCGUGUCCGAUAAUCCCCCGGUCCUCCCGAUCAUUUUAUCUCUGAUGGCUCUGGAUGUGUCGCUGAUCUUCAGAGUUGGGAAUCACAUGGCAGCAGCGGCAGCAUCAUAAUGGGAUUAUCGUGUAAUCCAGCUGCCGCGAGGUCAACGUCCACCCGCCGGGGAACACUGGCCCUUUAUUGUGGCCCACAGAGAGACUUUAUCCGCCAAUGCUGCAUAUUCAUGCGUCCGCUCAGGUCGGAGGGUGACUCGGCUCCGCUUUUAAUCUGAGGGGACAACGCCGGGAUUAUCAUCAUGCACGGGGACAAAG